GGAGCUGAGUAGUGACCACUUCGUGGGAUAUUCUUGAUUGCAAGAGAACUUCCUGCUUCUUUCCUGGGAGCCUUGAGGAUCGGGUCUGGAAAACACUUUUUUGUCGUUUCUUGGGAAGUGAAACAAAAAGAGAGAGAAAGGACUCGCUCCGUUACAUAAUUCUGACAGUGUCUGCCUCAUAUUAGGACGAGGCAUUGUGAUCAAGUGGACUCCAGCAUCCUCUGAACUGCAGAGAAGAAGAGCAGAAGGAAGAAAGGGAAAGGCGCACAGAGGAAAAGGAGGUGGAGGCACUUCCAUCUGGACUUGUACGAAACUGGAACUGGAUGGGAAAGUGAACUGUUUGGUGUCUUUUCUUCCCCCAGUCUCUGAGAUGGGUGGGUUGUAAAUCUGUGUGUGUAACUGGGAAUAGACUGAACCAUGAAUCUUCAGGCUCAACAAAAGUCUUCAAACAAGAGGGCUGGGAAACGGAUUGCAUAUUUUAAUGAGCAGGAUGUAGCUGUGCCAUCGAAAGAGCUGCAACAGCAGCUGAAGGAAGGACAGUACUAUGGACAUGGAGGAGAAAUACCUGCUUCACAAACUAUGGAGCUUUCUAAAGCAGGGGGUUUAACUGGUGCUCCCAACAAUGUUGCCUUGAUGAACUCUGUUGUUUAUACUCAAGAUAGGGGGGAUUCCAUGAUGAUGUCUCAGCAGCUGGCUGCUGUCAAAUGGCAGAACUCAUUGAUGGGGAACAGGUUGCCUGAGAGGAUUGAUUCCAGUUGGCAGCCUUCACCUGCGGCAUGGAACCACAGUGUGGUCUAUGGGGGCAAUCAGAAAGGGAUUCACCACAAUGCCAGUGCCCCAGGUUUCUAUGGCCAUCCUGAAGCUCUGAAAAGAAGCCAGGAAAAAGAAAUGGAGGUGCAGCAGCUAGAAAUAUAUGGAGAUGCUGCUGUUCAGCAGAUGAUGGCCCAGAAGCGUCAGCUGGAACAACAAGCACUAAUCAGGCAGCAAGCGCAAAUGAAUUCGUAUCACCAGAUGCAGAAGCAGCAACAGCAGAAUCAGACUCUACCUUUACAGCCUUUCCAGCUUGCAUUCGGUCACCAAGGCCAGAAGCAAGGCCUUCCUGAAUUGUUACAUGUCUUUCAACAAGCCCCAGCUUCCUCCAACCCAGUCUUUACUACCCAGCAGAAACAACAGUCUCUUCCUCAGCUGCAACUGUUUGAAAACUUCUACCCACAACAGCAGCAACAGGCCACCACGCAAGCCUUCAACCUCCAGCAAGCUGCUUCUAUAGCACAGCCCCAUGUGGCAGCAACAGCACCCCAGCAUCAUAUGGUGGCCCACCAGUACCAGCAACCGGAGAGGAACCAGGAACUCUUGAAAGCCCUAACAGAGCAAAACCAACAGACUGUGCUACCUCAGACCCAGAUACCCUUUCCAAGGAGAUCAAGGAGACUCUCCAAGGAAGGCAUUUUGCCAUCCGCUUCUUCAGGAGAAAUAUUGGCUUCUAAACCAGUAGAGGAACAAGCUAGCAAUCUGUUCCUGCAUCACUGGCAACCACAGCAGCAAGGACUCCAGUUUCAGCAUGAGACUGAAGCUCUGGGCCACAACAAGGGUAACUAUCCACAGCCCACGAGAACACACCUAGGACAAAAGGAGACCCUGAGUAGUAACGAGUUGAACCAGCCUGACACAGAGAGGCUGGCCACAUCCUAUAAUAGCAGAGAUGGGGAGAAGCAAGUGGCAAUGACCGAAGAAAGCACUCAGAGAACUAAUGACUUUGUGGGGGUGAGAGGUGGUGUGAUCCAGAGCACCCGAAGAAAACGGUGUGUUUCUCAAGAGGCCAACCUGCUAACUCUGGCACAAAAGGCUGUUGAGCUGGCUUCUCUUCAAAAUGACAAGGAAUUGAAUACUUCAGAAGAGAAGAAGACUGUGGUAGCUGCAGCACCUGCAGCAGCCAAAAGUGUUUUGGAAUUUGCCAGUUCUCCACAAGCCUCCAAGAGACCCCGGGAAGAUAGCAGUCUUGUUCCUCUAAUCAUGCCUGUCUCUGUGCCAGUGAAGAAAUUUGACUUGCAAGCUAUUGGGAAGGAAAAGGGUGAGGAAGGGAAACUCCAGAGGGUGCUGGCAAAUGAUCGAGGUCUUUCUGAACGCAAACCCUCUGUGAUAGUCACCCGAAGAAGGUCCAAUCGCAGCUCCAACAUGGAAACCUCAGUCCAGCAUGAAGAUGCUGUUCCAAAGGAAGAAUCGGAGGGCUUUUCCCGGAAACCAAAGCAGCGCCCAAGACCUGAGCCACUCUUCAUACCACCAAAAGCAGGCACCUUCAUUGUCCCUCCAGUCUAUUCCAACAUCACUCCAUAUCAGAGCCACUUACGCUCACCUGUGCGCCUUGCAGAUCACCCUUCAGAUAGGAACUUUGAGCCUCCUCCUUACACACCUCCACCGAUUCUCAGCCCAGUGAGAGAAGGGUCUGGGCUGUAUUUCAAUGCUAUUCUCUCUGCUAGUGGUCUCUCAAUCCCACCUCCAAUGACCCCUAAAAGUACUCACAGAACUCUGCUGAGAUCUAAUAGUUCAGAAGUCACCCCUCCCAUCCUUUCAGUAAUGGGGGAGGCCACCCCAGUCAGCAUUGAACCGCGAAUCAACGUGGGAUCCCGGUUUCAAGCAGAAAUCCCUGUGCUCCAAGACAGAUCUUUGGCAUCAGCUGACAAGCAUAAGGCGGACGUGGUGUGGCAGCCAUGGGGGGACCUGGAAAUCAACCAAACUACUCAAGAGAAUGGUAAGGGUCUGGAGAGAUUGAUAAAAACCAAGACGGUGGCCCAGUGUGUAGAGUUUUACUACACAUACAAAAAACAAGUGAAAAUUGGUCGGAAUGGGACCUUAAUCUUUGGGGACAUUGAUGCCACUAAUGAGAAGUCUAUGAAAGAUGAAGCUGAGGUUGAUAUCAAGAGUUCCCAUAGGUUUGCACGUGUUCUUCCUCCCAGAAAGGAGAAUUACAGUGAGGAACAUACGCACGUGGAGGAGGUGUCUGAGAAGGAGGAAGAGUUGGAUGACAGGAAGAGCACAGUGCCUCCCAAGGCCACGCAGACACUACAAGCCAAUGAAGUGGUCAAUGAGAUCCUUAUUUCAAGAACCGAGGAGUCUAAUGCCCCAGGGGAAGCCAGCAGUAGGACUGUAAGGAAGCCUAAGGAGGCAGCAGUGAAGCCUCAAAAGACUUCUCCCCCAGUACAGAGGAGGAGACGGAAACCAAAGCCAAAACCAGACACACCCAGUAAAGCUCAGAACCAAGAGAACACGUUUCCAUGUAAAAAAUGUGGCAGGGUCUUCUACAAGGUGAAAAGCCGCAGUGCUCACAUGAAGAGCCACGCGGAACAGGAGAAGAAGGCAGCAGCAUUGAAACAGCGAGAGAAAGAGGCGGCGGCGGCGGCGGCAGCAGCAGCGCAGCGGGAGGAGAGCAGUGACGAGGGGAGCAGCAGCAGUGACAGCAGUGGCAGUGGCAGCUCGGAUGAGGAUGGGGAGAUUUAGCCAUAGCCCUGGGGAAGUCGAGGGAGUAGCAAGGCUGGACCCCACCUCUCUCUCGGUGUGUUUGCCUCCAUUCCUGCACUUUCCUUAUCUGGACUGAGUUAUACUAGGCUUCUGUCCAUUGCUGCCAUUUCCUCAUCCCACAUUCUGCACCUCACCCUGUCAGUAUAGACUGAGCCAAAUCAGUGGAUAAAGAGAUUUGUGUGAACUUGGAUAUUCUUUUUUACAAAUCAAAUUUCUAUUUUAUUUAUAAAGGUACCUGAGGUACGUAAUAGAACAAUGUCAUCAGGAGCGGAAUUCAGUUCUCCUGCGGAUCAGUCAGGGCUUUCUCCUUGUGCUUGCCAAGAAUCAUGGCAACGAGACUCUUGAGUAUAAAGGCUUCCAGACCUGAGCAAGAAAAAGAUGCUCUGCCCUGAGACUGUCUGCAUCUAGUUACUGUGACACCGGUGUUUUGUAGUGAUUUCCUUCCAUAGCAAAUUGCCUGUCACUGCCCUUCCCGCUUUCCUCUCCGAGUGCUAUCCAGGCUCUUAGCAAGUUCUGUGGAAAUAUGAGACAUACCCUGGGUCACUGUAUGACAGAAGUGUGAGGGGGAGGGGUGAAGAACAAUUCACCCCACCCCUCUCCUCUGAGAGCAGAUUUCUAUUUUCCUGUAGCAAGGGGAUGCCUGAUAUUUCCUGUGCCAUUAAGAGUUCAGUAGAGGACAUAUAGCAUCCUGUGAGAUAAGAGUAGCCACAAACCUUAAAGAUCUGGCCACAUUGUGUACAGGAAGCGAAGUAGUUAUUGGGUCACUUUUAGAAGAAUUUGCCCCCUCACAAGUGCAAUUUGAAAGGCCUCUAUCGAUCACAUCUGGCUUUAACUCAUUACAAAAGGGAGCAAGGUUGUUAUGAGACUUGACUCAAGACACGUUUUUUGCAUUGUGCACGCCUCACAGAGAUGGGAAGGGUGGACUUGGAUCUCUUCCUUAGGCUUCUUUACUCCCUUCCACAAAGGGCCAUUAUGCAGGAAGAUGCCCAUUUUCCCUUUACCCAUCCCUUUAAAUGGCCACCUACAGGAGUUACACUGCAGAAGCUCUGUGUCCUUCCAUUCAUUCCUUUGCAGAUGUGUUUGGACUGCACAGAAUGCUGGGCUAUUCCAUCAUGGCCCCCUUCCCAGUGAAAUGUAGACUCUUCAUGCAGAGCUGGCAUUGAAAUAGCCAAAAGUCUAGGCAGCUAGGCCUGUAUCAAAGCAAAGUGUUAAGAGAAAGCAAAAAUAGGUCAGCUGAAUGCUAAAAUUGCACAGAAUUUGUCUGUACGUAUAUACAUAGUGUUCACAUACCUUUAUUUCAUAAAACUAAAAAAUCCAGUGUAGUUGCAGCUGUGUUGGUCCCAGGAUAUUAGACAAGGUGGGUGAGGUAUUCUCUUGUAUUGGACCAACUUCUGUUGGUGAGAGAGACAAGCUUUCAAGCAGGGGUGCAGUAUGCA